CGUGAGAGACGCAACAAUGGCUCAAGCAGUGAAGAGGAGGCUGGUCGUGUGUGGCGGCAAUGGCUUUUUAGGAAGCCGCAUCUGCAAAGCUGCCACUGCUCGGGGUUGGCAAGUUACUUCCAUCAGUCGCUCCGGCGAGCCCACCUGGUCCUCCGUAACCUCCUCGCCCAAUCCCCCGCCAUGGGCGCAAGCCGUCUCGUGGCAGAAGGGCGACAUACUCAACCCCUCCUCAUAUACCUCCCACCUUGAAGGCGCCGAUGCCGUAGUGCAUUCCAUGGGGAUACUGCUAGAAGCCGAUUACAAGGGCGUGCUGCAAGGGAGAGAGUCGAUUGUGAGCGGACUACAACGCGCUUUCAGCAGCACAAAAGGCGGCAGCCAGAACCCGCUGGAGAGGAAAGAGGGAGAGCCGUUGAAGCCCCAGGAAAGGGAUGGGCAAUUGACGUAUGAGCUGAUGAAUCGUGACUCGGCUAUUGGCCUUGCCAAAGAAGCCUCAGCACACAAGGUCCCAUCCUUUCUCUACAUAUCCGCUGCUGGCGGUGCUCCGAUCCUCCCAGGCCGCUACAUCGCCUCGAAACGCGAAGCCGAAGCUACCAUCGCUGCCGCAUUCCCCUCGAUGCGAAGUAUAUUUAUCCGUGCGCCGUUCUUGUACGACUCGUCCCGAGGUUUCACAGUACCGAUGGCUGCCAUAACGGGUAUGGGUGCAAUGGCAAACUCGCUGGUCGGGGGAAAACUGACAUGGCUGAUGGGUGCUGGUGGUGUCAAGCCUUUGAAGGCAGACACAGUGGGCGAAGCCUGUGUUGAAGCCCUGGGAGACAGCGCCAUCAAAGGACCAGUGGAAGUGAAGGAGAUUGAAGCUUUGGGGACGAAGGCGUGGAGAAAAGGUAUGUUGUAAGACCAGGGCUCUCAGACUUUGUGUAGACGCUGUACUUCACUCCUGUAUUAUAGGUAUAUCUCCGCAUGCAUAGAACUGGGAGACUUCCAUACCACUUAAUCAGUAUAGACCGGCCAUCCUAAGCCCUCAUCUCACGACUACUCCUCAACUCGACGAACUUAGUAUAUGGAAAUGGAACGCCGUGUUUGGUCUGUAUCGAAGGCGCACGUGAAGAUUUUGUGAUGGAAAAGUAGCUUGCGCGUGCAGAGACCACCGAUUGGAAUUAUGGGGCAAAGUUUGUGAGUUUGUCCUCGGGAGUGCAAUUGUAGGUAGAGUCUCUAAAUUAUGUCACAUGUCACCGCGCUUCAUUAAAAAUCAGCA